AUGUCACAUGAUAAGAAGGGAAAGGGGACACUCUCAAGAACAACUACUGAUCUUUGGAAUAGAGUGAGACAAAGUUCCUCAGAAAGUUCUGUGGGUGGCACUGUGAAAGGUGGCAGCAGUUCGAAGAAGAACGGCUGGCAUCAGGGACCUGAUAGAAAGCUUCCACAAACAGAGUACAACGAGUUGACAAGAAGUUCGGUGUUCAUCUAUACUGCUCCAGAAUGUUAUGACCUGUAUUGGAGAAAGACAAGUGACGGUGGAGUACAAGCUGUUGUUGCAAGAAGUGUUCCUACUGCCGAAUAUCAGCACGCAGAAGGGCAGUUUCUUUCACAAGCUAUGUUUAGUAAAGGUGAUCUCGGUAAUAAAACCAGCUGGGCAGCUCUCAAGAACGUUGAGAGGUAUAGUGAGAGUGUAGAUUGGCAAACAGCAAUGGAUAGGCGCGGCAGUGUCCAAGAUAAGGAGGCGGGCGAGAUGCCCGAGCUGAAUACCUACGGCUUUUCAUAG